GCUCCCUCUCCCAGCAGUGACCCGUCUCCUCCGCGGGCCGGCACCAGCGCCAUGGCGUCCGUCAGCUCGUCCUCCACCUAUCGCUCGGAGCGGAUCAGCACCUACAGCCAGAACGCGCCCCCCGCCGAGCCCUGCUUCGAGCCCCGCGGGCGCUUUGGGGAGGAGGGGGACAGGAGCUCCCUGCGCCACGGCCCCUUCGCCGCGCGGGCCCGGGACUCUUAUGGAUACACAGGGUCUCCGGGCUCCGUGCGCCCCUGCAGCCUGGGCAGCAACGUGCGAGCCGGGGGCGACACGUACCAGGUGACGGCCGACGUGAGCCAGUUCGAGCCGCAGGACGUGGUGGUGACCACGUACAACUACCACAUCAUCAUCCAGGCCGAGAAGGUGGCAGAGGACGGCACCGUCUCCAACACGUUCACCCACAAGUGCCAGCUCCCCGAGGACAUGGACCCCCUGUCUGUCAGCUGUGCCCUCACCGACGCGGGCCUGCUGGUCAUCAAGGCCAAGCGCGGCGUGGCUGCCAAGGCGGGCGAGACGCCCCCGCCGCUGUACCGCACCGAGGUCCAGCUGUGAAGCCCCUGGGCACAUCACCCCCCCCCCCCCCCGCAACCUGACAGAUGAGCUGGGCAGCUGCCCCGCCACCCCGCCCUCCCCAGGGCUUCUGGGAGCUCACCCUGGCACACAUGCGCUGCUAUUUGGCCACGUUUCGAGGGCGGGGGCAGCCUGGCGGGGUCCAGCAUGCCCCGCGGUAAGGCAGGCUGGCUCAGUAAGGGGCCGGGCAGGCUGGGACCAGGCGCUCCAUGGGCCUGCCCAGCUGCAUGGCUGGGGCACGCAUGCUGCUCCUGGCGUGCCAAGGGCUGCCCUGGGCCAGGCUGAGCAAGUCACUCACCCAAGCCCGUUGCACGGGGGCUCCCUGGGCCUGGGCGCCGUCCUGUGGGGGGGGGCCGUGCUACUGGCCCGUGGCUCACCCCGGCUCCUGUUUGGAAUAAAGGUUUCUCCCACC